AUGAAUCAGUUCCAGUUUGGCGACUCCGACGGGUCUGCCUCUGACUUUGAUGAAGAAGACCCCUCCGGUCUCCCCUUCCCCGAACCGUUAUCUCGCACCUCAUUCUUAGCCCCUGGGUUUGAUCCGGCCAAUUUUCUCUCCUCAUUGACGAAUCGGCACCAGAGUCUUGAGGAUCUGCGUCAGGAGUUGCGCGGAUUGGAGCAAUCCCUGAAUAAGGAGCUCUUGGACUUGGUCAAUGAGAAUUACCAGGACUUCCUGUCCCUCGGGAGUGCGCUUCGCGGGGGCGAGGAGAAAGUUGAAGGAGUCAAGGUCGGAGUACUUUCAUUCCAGCGUGAUGUCAAAGCUAUCCGGGACAAAGUCGAGGCGCGACGUCAGGAGGUCGACGAACUGCUGAAUGAGAAGCGGCGGCUACGGACGAUGGCUGAGAUUGGAAAAGACCUGCUCGACUAUGCGGAUCGGGUUGAGGAACUUGAGCACCGACUGAUGAUCGAAGACAAGUCUUCCAAUGGGGACGUCGACCCGGAGGAAUCGGAUACAGAGUCCGACCUGUACAGCAACGAGGAUGGGGAUGGCGAUGACGAAGAGCUGGCGGACGGGACGCCUGCGAUGUCAUUGAAGAGGCUUGAACGACAUGUUCAGAAGUUUGUCUAUUUGACCUCGAUAGCUGCCCGGGUCGGCGAGAAGCAUCCCUUCCUGCUUGCGCAGCAACCGCGAGUCGUGAAGAUCAAGUCAACGGUGCUUCUGGAUCUUAAGACCUCACUGGAACAGGCCACGGCGGCUGGUAAGGGCAGCAAACGCGACGCCCGUACAAUGGCUGUUCUACGACUCUACGAUCUGAUGGGCGAGGAUGUCAGUGCCGUUGCUGCAUUGAAGAACCUCAAGCUGUAA